UGCUGCUACUUGUUUUGUUUUAUCACUUAAUUCACAUAAAAACAAGUGUAUUAAAUGUAUUGUGAGUGUACUAAUUAUGCGUAUUACGUAGGUACCUACAUUGAACAAAAAAUUUCCGAGUUCUGUGUGAAUAAUUCUUAGUUUGGAAGUUGCUUUUAAUUAUUUAAAACGUAUAUUAGUUCAAACUACAAAAUGCCUAUAAAAGGUUUAAAAGUUCUACCUAAUCCAGUGUUCUCAGAGCUGCCACAGAACUACAGGCUGUCGGAGGAACAAAAAUCAUUCUAUUGGGAGAAUGGGUAUCUAGUAAUAAAGGAAUUAAUUGAUUUCACUUCAUUAUAUAGUUACAAACAGCGCUUUCUACAAAUAUGCAAAGGAAUAGUUGACAGCCCCGUUAUGAUUGUCAAAGAACAGGCACUUUUUGAGAAGAACUUAAAACCUGAAGAAUACAUUAAUAAGCUCCAAGAAAUCUUAUACGAUGAUGUGUUCAUGACCUAUGGUGAACAUCCCAGGCUAUUGGAUGUGAUCUCACAGUUCAUUGGUGAUGACAUAACGGCUAUUCACAGCAUGUUCAUCAACAAACCCCCGGGUACCGCCAGACAUCCGCCGCACCAGGAUUUAUUUUAUUUCCCGAUCAGACCUGUGGAUAAGAUCAUAGGCUCAUGGACUGCCGUGGACCAUGUCAAUAAGGAUAAUGGCUGUCUGUAUGUCAUUCCAAAGUCUCAUAAGCAAGAUAUUCUAUACCCCCAUGGUGAUGUGCCGGAGGCCGGUAAACUGUACCACGGGAUUUUGAACGAAGAGACGCUCGCCCGGGAGCACGCCCGUGUCUCCCUGGACAUGGCCCCCGGGGACACCGUGCUGCUGCACCCGCGCCUGCUCCACGGCUCCGGACCCAACCGCACCCAGGCAGAUGCAGUAUAUCCUCACGUUUGUCGCACAGCGCCACCGGAAGGCGAUCACGGUGCACUUCGCGAGCAGCGCGUGCGAGUACGUGGACGUGCGCGGCUCCGUGCAGGAGCGCCUCGCCGCCGACGUGCAGGCCGCCGCCACCCGCCGGGGACUCCGAGUCAGCUACCAGGACAUCUGGAAAUACAAAAGUAAACAAGUCAAAGGUGUGAGAUCAAAUUUGUAAGCAAUACAUUAAGAAAUUUAUAUUUUUAUACGGAAGAGAUUAUUUUAGACUAGCUAGUUGUAUUAAAGCUCCAUCUAUCGUGUCUCGGACAUCUUGUGAGCACGUAACAUCAGAUAGACCGCGCGAUCGUCUGCCGCACUACAAGCAACCAAAACUUGCAUGCUUACAACUGUGGUGGAUAGAUGGCGCUGUAAUAGAAAAAGUUAUUAGAUGGGCACAUUCAAUCAUGUAAGGAGGACCGCGCGGUCAUCUACUGCAUUACAAGCAACGAAAACUUGCAAGAUUACAACUGGGCGGAUAGAUGGCGCUGUAAUAGGUUAUUAAUCGGGUACAUUGUAACAUUUUGUUUUUGUAACAGAAUCUAUGCUAUUGUUAUUAAAUGGGUUUAAUUAAUGAUUGUAAAAAUAUAUUAUAUUAGUUUUGGGACGGAACUGUACUGUGAUCGUGUUAAAGUUAUGUAAUAAAGAAAUAUAUGUG